UCGGCGAACAUCGGUGAUCCUCGGUCGUCCUCGUCGAGUCUUCGCGUCUCUUGGAGAAGCUGUUGUUACUUGCUGCCUCUUCCGUGCGAUGGCAGCUUUUCUUCUGAUAGUUCUGCUCGUGAGCUCUGUUUCAGGUUUGUAUGUGCGCUCUCCCCGAUCAGCUGAUGGGGGUUUCAUGGCGGGGGCCGGGUCUGGAGCAUUCUCCUCGGCCUCCAGCUCAUCUUCCUCAGGGACCAAUGUAGCUCCCGGGCCUGGAGGAUAUGGUAACUUCAACGCCUUCUCCAGCUCCAGCAACAUGGCCCCUCCUCAGUCGCUCUACAGGGGGGGUGUGGCUGCUGGAGCUAGCUCUGGAACUCCCCAGGGUCAGCCCCCGUACUCCGGGUUCUCAGGAGCCGGCGGGUUCCCUGGGUUCCCAGGUUAUAGCCCGUUUGUUCCUCAGUACGGUCAGCAAUACCCUUGGACGCCCUUCCCUAACUUCGGAGCUCCUUUUGACUUCAUGAACUUCCUCAACCAAUACUUCCAAGCUCUGCAAAGCUUCCAGGCUCAAGCUGAAGCUCAAGCUCAGCAGGCUGCUGCUAACGGAGGUCUACCUGUGGAUACUAACGAGGUAGGAGGAGUGGGAGGACUAGCUACAGCUACUUACGGACCACAGGGAGGCUAUGGAAGUGCUAACGUCUUCCCUAAACCUGAUGGUGGUUUGGACAAUAGGUUCGGAGGGUUCGACGAGACCCCCCAAAACUCGCUGGGUGGGGCCCCAGUGUCCAGUGUCAGUGGGAACUUCAAGCCCCCUGGAGGCUCCAGUUUUGGAGUCUUCACCUCAUCAUCAUCUGGUUCCAGUGACAUCAACGGAAAGAAGACCAGCUUCAAACAGUCAAGCAUCGGAGUCAACGACAACGGAAAAGUCACCACUUACACAGCGCAUGACCCUUGAAUAUCAUUAUUUUAUAUAUGAAUAAAUGUUAUUGGAAACAGUU